AUGCGAAGCACACAACUUAGUGAAAGUCUAAAUGGAACAUUAAGAGGAUAUUUGAAGGGUGAUCAUAACAUUGUUCACUUCUUUACUCACUUCAAUCGGAUUGUUGUAGAUAAGCGGUAUGAGGAAAUUUCCGCAAUAUAUGAUUCUAGACAAAAGUUGCCAAGAAUGAAAUUGAAAAAGUCUCCCAUUUUAAUCCAAGUUGCGAGUUUGUACACCCCUCCUAUCUUUGAUUUAUUUCAUUGUGAGUUGGAUACGUCCCUUUGUUGUCAAGUGAAGCAAUUCCAUGAGUUAGAAGGAGAAGUUAAGUGCGUGAUUGGCUUGUAUGGUAAUGGUAAAGAGUAUAUUGUGAAGGGUAGGGUGGAAGUUAUUGGGCUAAGAGGAGAAAAAAGCUGUCAAGAAAUACAUUGUACUUGUAAGAAAUUUGAGAACUUUGAAAUUUUAUGUAGUCAUGCAAUCAAAGCACUUGAUAGAAUGAAUGUUAUGAAAAUUCCCGAAAGGUAUAUAUUAGGCCGAUGGAGAUUGGAUGCAAAAGAUUGUGAAGUUGAAGAGAAAAAUGUUGUAAUGGAUGAGGAUGAUCCGAAGUUGUUAAUAUUAGCACGUUAUAGAGAUUUUUGUCCAAGAAUGGUCAAACUAGCAACUCAAGCAUCUAUGCACAAACCUGCCUAUCAAUUGGUUGAUGAAGGAAUUAAGGAAUUGUGUGUAAAAGUAAAUAAUAUGAUGAAGGGAGUUGGAAGUUUUGGUACCAAUGAAUUCGAUGUGGACGACCCCAACAUUGCACAAGUUAAGGGCAUAAAGAAGAAAGACGUUGGACACAAAGGGAGAGGUAGAUUAAAACCUUGGCAUGAGAAGACAAAAGUUAUUUCACAACCUACCCGCCUUAGUAAGACUAUUGGUCAAUCAAGCAACACUACAAAUGUUCAAAAUUCAUCCUCAAGCCAACAAUAG